GUCCGAAUAGAAAAGGAGAAAAAGGGAACUAAUUUCGUAUCGUGCGACUUACGACUUACUGCAAGGAAACUACUGAACUGCUGAACUGACUACUGACACAACGACCGGUUCGUUGCUCGUUUCGUGGUUCGUUUUCUCUCUUGUGAUCAGCUUCAAUCUUGAAAGAAAUAAAUCUGGAUUGUAGUACUAUGACAACUGAUCCAAAGCGCGCCAGCAAUAAUAGUGAUAUGGAAUCUAUAGAAGACGAAGAUGAUAAGAACAGUAUAGAGCUUACCACCCAAAAUUUACGUAGACAUGAUGUCUUAGCUGCUCUGCAAGAUCGUAUUUCUGCACCAGGAUUGGAGCAAAUGAAGUCUCUUCCAGCUCCUGUAAAACGCAGAAUUAAAGCUUUAAAACAAUUGCAAUUAUUUACCACUAACAUCGAAUCAAAAUUCUAUGAGGAUAUACAUACUUUGGAAUGCGCUUAUUACAAACUGUACGCUCCUCUUUACGAGAAAAGACGCGAUAUAGUAUCGGGUGCUUACGAACCAACAGACCCGCAAUGUGUGUGGGAGAGCGACGACGAAGAAGAAGGAUUAACUAACGAUUUGAAAGCAAAAGCAAAUCUUGAAGAUGUUAAAGAGGAAACUAAAGAAGAGCCUGAAAGCGAAGACGUUAAAGGCAUCCCAGAAUUCUGGCUCACAAUAUUUAAAAAUGUUGGACCAUUGGCUGACAUGGUUCAAGAACACGACGAACCAAUAUUGAAACAUUUAUACGAUAUUAAAGUGAAAUUCCUCGAAGCUAAUCCAAUGGGUUUUGUUCUUGAGUUCCAUUUCGAACCGAACGAAUACUUCACUAACUCGGUUCUAACUAAAGAAUAUAUUAUGAAGUGCAUACCUGAAAAAAAUGAUCCAUUCAGUUUCGAAGGACCUGAAAUAUACAAAUGUAAGGGAUGCGUAAUCGAUUGGAAGAAAGGAAAGAAUGUUACCGUAAAAACUAUAAAAAAGAAUCAAAAACAUAAAUCUCGAGGGUCCAUACGAACUGUAACGAAAACUGUUCAGAAUGAUUCGUUUUUCAACUUUUUCAGUCCACCAGUUGUGCCAGAUGAUGCAGAAGCGGAAAUCGACGAUGAAACUCAAGCAUUGUUAACGAGCGAUUUUGAAAUUGGCCAUUACAUUAAAGAGCGUAUAGUUCCUAGAGCUGUUCUAUAUUAUACAGGGGAGGUUUUAGAAGACGUAGACGAGGAUUACGACGAGGAGGAAGGUGACGAGGACGAUCCUGAGGAUGAAGACGAAGAUGACGAAGAGUCGGCACCAUCAGACGUUGCGUGUUUUUAUGUGCACAAUUUUUGCAUCGCGUUGACAUGUCGCAGGAGGAUCAAAAAAUUUUGAAACAAUUUUACAAUUGUCGGAUUCUACGUGACGGCAAGAUUUCGAUCGAGGAUCUAUGGGUUCGCGAUGGAAAAAUCGUUGAUCCAGCGAAAAUCUUUUACGACGAGAAAAUAAAACCGGAUAUUAAAAUCGAUUGUGACGGAGCGUUGAUUUCACCUGGAUAUAUCGACCUUCAAAUUAAUGGUACUUGAUGUAUAUAACUACGUAUUGUUUACACAGCAAACCUUGUGAUCUAUGAUCUAUAAAUCGUAUCUUCUUAUAAAUAAUCUCCUCUUCAUGUUGAGAACACCAUGUUAGAAGAAAUUAUCUUUAUUGUUAUUUAUCGAUUAAAAAUCCGAAAUGUUUUAUAAAAAAAAAAAA